UACUUAAGAUUGCCUCAGUGUAUUUGUAAAAUAGGGGUCAUAUUUGCACCUCGCCGGGACAAAGCAGGGAUUCUUUUUAAAAUCUUAAUAUCAAGUCAUGGCACGAACUUGUCUCUGGGUUCGAAUUAUUUUUAGGUUUUUCUGUGCGGGCGAACUGACCAACUUUAAGUCUAGUUCCCCUGCUUGAACAAACUGUUACCUCUAGUUAUUAUCCAUUCCUCUCUCUUCCGCACGACCUCUUCGCUCUGCACUGACUCUGGCUGUCUCAAUAAUAAUAAUGCUGCUGAUGGUGAGGAAACCUUCAGCCUUCAAGAUCCAGAUACCUGAAGAUCCCAACAUCAUGACCUCAGUUUCAACACAGUUGCUGUUGGUCCUCAUUUCACUGCUUUUGGUGCUGCCUGCUGUUGAAGCAGUAGAAGCUGGAGAUGCAGUCGCUCUCUUGUUAGGUGUGGCUCUCAGCAUUACAGGCAUUUGUGCUUGUUUGGGGGUAUAUGCGCGAAAGAGGAAUGGACAAAUGUGAUUUUGAUGGGCCUUGUGCAUCAAACCUUGCCUGGAAAACCUUUGUGUUAUUGAGGUUAAAAACUGAGCUUUAAUGUCUAAAAGUUCCCAAGAAAUAGGGUAUUUUCACAUUCUUGUCUCCCUGUAAAUUGGAACAAAUUAAUAUAUGUUAAAUGGGGAAAAAAAAGUUUUCUUCACAACAAAUAAUGCACUGAAAAAAGCAGUCUAUAAUUCAUAUAUGCUAGUUAGAGGGUCAAAGAAGUCAGAUGACUGAAAUUUACAUAUUAUUUCAUAGUUUCUUGGGAUUCUCAAAGCGCAUGAAAUCAGAAGAAGGAAACCCUUGCCCAAAGUCCUAGGAAAUUGCCAAUUCCUCUAUCACUGAGGAGUCUUUUCUCCAUAUUUUUAUUAGAUUUUUGUUUUGUUAACUCCCAACUUAAUAUCAAAUACAGUCAGAAAUUAAAAUUUUUAUUUCUUGGGAGAGAUAAGAAAAAUGUAUUCAAUGUAUCUCAUGUUAAAAUGGAGACAAUAUUUAAUGUAAAAAAAUAUAUUGACAUUGAAAUGGAGAAAUUUAAUGUUAAAAAAAACCUUUGUAUUAACAUCUCUAUGAUGAGAAGUUACUAUAUAAAAUAUAAACUCAGUAUGUUGUAAGUUAA